AUGAAGUGGGGCCUAACCAUUUCCUUCAUUCUCCUGCUAAACUUUGCAGAAUCCAAAACACUGCACACAAAUGAGUUUGGAAUAGCUUCCACGUUAGACUCUUCCCAGUGCUUGACAGAGAAGAAUAUGAAUGACAUAGCUAUCAUCACCUUUGCCCAGUUUGUUAAGGAAGCCGAUGAGGAGGAAGUUAACAAAAUGACUAGUGACGUGUUGACUGCAAUGAAGAAAGACACUGGCGACUGGUGUCUAGAAAACCAGCUAUCUGUGUUUCUGGAUGAAAUUUGCCACGAGACAGAACUCUCUAACAAAUAUGGAUUCUCAAACUGCUGCAGCCAGAGUGGGGUGGAAAGACACCAGUGUCUGCUGGCACGCAAGAAGACUGCUCUGGCCUCUGUCCCACCCUUCCAGUUUCCAGAACCUGCCGAGAGUUGCAAAGCAUACAAUGAAAACGGGACGGUGUUCAUGAACAGGUUCAUCUACGAAGUGUCAAGGAGGAACCCCUUCAUGUACGCCCCUACCAUUCUUUCCCUGGCUGCUCAGUAUGACAAGGUAGUUCCAGCGUGCUGCAAAGCUGACAACAUGGAAGAAUGCUUCCAGACAAAGAGAGCAAUAAUUGCAAAGGAAUUAAGAGAAGGAUCCAUGCUAAAUGAGCAUGUAUGUGCAGUGAUAAGAAAAUUUGGAUCCCGAAACCUCCAGGCCUCAACCAUUAUUAGACUAAGUCAAAAGUUUCCCAAAGCAAAUUUUACUGAGAUUCAGAAGCUGGCCCUGGAUGUGGCCCACAUCCACGAGGAGUGCUGCCAAGGAAACACGCUGGAGUGCCUGCAGGAUGGGGCCGACAUUUUCAUUGGACACUUGUGUUUAAGACACGAAACAAACCCUGUGAAUGCUGGUAUCAGCCACUGCUGCAACGCCUCAUAUUCCAACAGGAGGCUAUGCAUCACCAGCUUUCUGAGAGAUGAAACCUAUGUUCCUCCACCAUUCUCUGAAGACAAAUUCAUCUUCCACAAGGAUCUGUGCCAAGCUCACGGCAGAGCUCUACAGACCAUGAAACAAGAGCUUCUCAUUAACCUGGUGAAGCAAAAGCCUGAAAUCACAGAGGAGCAGUAUAUGGCUGUCACUACCGAUUUCUCUGGCCUUUUGGAGAGGUGCUGCAAAGCCCAGGAUCAGGAAGUCUGUUUUGCAGAAGAGGGUCCCCAGUUGAUUUCCGAAACUCGUUAUGCUUUGGGUGUUUAA